AUGCUAACUGUGACUGCCUACUCUUUCACGAUUGAGAGGAAGUAUGGCGUCUUCAGCAAAUUAGAUGCUUGUACAUUUGUUGUUAAUGUCUAUAAUGAUGGGAAUGUCUUAAGUAUUGUAACAGACUGUUCUGGACAUGGCACCCACGUUGCUGGUAUAGCUACUGCUUUCCAUCCAAAGGAGCCCUUAUUGAAUGGAAUUGCACCUGGUGCACAAAUAAUAUCUUGUAAAAUUGGGGAUUCUCGCCUAGGUUCAAUGGAAACAGGAACUGGUUUGAUUCGGGCACUGAUAGCAGCUCAUAAGAGUGACCUUAUCAACAUGAGUUAUGGUGAAGCAACAUUACUGCCAGACUAUGGAAGCUUUGUUGAUCUUGUGAAUGGGUGGGCCAGGACUGAGCACUGUUGGUGCACCUGGUGGUACAUCUUCAAGUAUCAUAGGUAUUGGUGCAUAUGUGUCUCCUGCUAUGGCUGCUGGUGCACUUGUGUUGUUGAACCUCCAUCCGAGGGGCUUGAAUACACUUGGUCUAGCCGAGGACCAACAGCUGAUGGAGACCUUGGUGUGUGUGUGAGCGCUCCUGGUGGUGCUGUUGCUCCUGUCCCCACAUGGACUCUUCAACGGCGUAUGCUCGGGAUUGGGACAUCAAUGGCAUCACCAUCAGCCUCUGGUGGAACUACAUUGCUCAUAAGUGCAAUGAAGGUCCUUGCAUGUGGUUCUUUUGUAGCUUAUUUAGUGGUCUUUACUUGCACACAUAUCUCUAGUUUUGUGUGUAUGAUCUGCAUUCAGGCUGAGGGAAUCCCUGUGAGUCCAUACUGUGUGAGGAAGGCACUUGAAAAUAUUGCGAUUCCCAUAGGUGAUUUACCUGAGGAUAAAUUAUCCACCGGACAAGGGCUUAUGCAAGUUGACAAGGCUUUUGAAUAUAUGCAGAAGUGUCAAAAUGUUCCAUGUGUUUGGUAUCAAAUAAAAAUCCAGCAAUGUGGAAAAACAAGUGAGUUCACAUUCAACCAUGUACGUUUUACCUUCCCCUUAUGUGACCAAAGACAGGAAAGAUAUUAUCUUUUGGCUUUAUCUUAUAUUUGUAAGAGUAGAAAGUGUAGUAUGUUACUAUAAUCAUUCUUGUGCCUUUACCUAAUGGCUUAGGAUUUUGGUAUAGUUGGCUGUUGGUACAUUAAAUGAUAUCAAAGUCCCCAAUUUAACCUCCAUUCUUCUAAUAAGAGUGUAUGCAAUGCAAUAGCCCACUCUAUC